UUAAGCAUAAAAAGUGAGUGUUUAAUUUGAUAGGGCGGGCGGGCAUGAGUGAAAGUAAUGAAACUUCGCCGUCAUUAGCCCCUGACUGCAGCUGGGUGCAAUUCUGUCAACGCAACGCACAGCCCACCGCCACAACCGGGGCCACCACCUCACCGUCUCACGGCCUGAGCCCCGAGGGCCGGGUGGCAAAGCCAGCCCGGCGGAGGCCCAGGGCGUCGCGGCGGACUCCCGCCACCGUUUUCAACACGGACCCCUCCAACUUCAGGGCCAUGGUCCAACAGUUCACCGGCGGCGGCCUGGGUCUGCUUCCGCCUCCACCGCCGUCCCCGUUUUCAUUUCCCGGCGGAACGGCUGCGGCCGGAUUGGGGUUCAGGUUCGGGGCGCACCAAGUGCUGGAGAAUCUUAUUAACUUUCCUCAGAGAGCCGCAAGUAAUCACAGCAUGUAUUUUGAGCCGCCGCCGGCCGCCUACACGUCGCCGCUCAUGACGAGCAGUGGCGGCGGCGCUCAUGAUCCUCACACACAACCUUUUCUGGGCAGGGUUUCAUUUCCAUCGCCUCACCACGGAGGGUCCGCCUCUUCUUCUGGCCUGGAAUAAGAUCUGAUCCAUCAGUAGUACAGUUGAUGAUGAGGUUUUUAUAUCUACACCGGCCGGCCAUGCGUCGCCGCCCUCAUCUGAUCUACAUAUUCAAUUCUUCGAUCAUGUUUUAAUUUGGAAUGGAUUAUAUAUUGAUGAUCGAAUUUUACUAACAUCUCAUUAUCAACAUGAUCAAGGACAAUAUAUGUAGUUUGGACCAAUGAGAAUGUAGCGGUUGAAUUAUUUAAAUUUAAAUUAAAAAUGAUAAAGUGAUGUGGUCCAAUCAAAUGAAUAGUAGGUACGGUACUCCAAUUUUUAUAAGUACCCGAG